CUCCCUCGUCAAGGAUUCACUCACACUCUGUCUUGGCCUCGCUCCCUGCUUUGCUUGCUUUGUUGCUUGCUUCAUUGCUUGCUCGAGAGUGCGCCUCGCCACACAAUCCUUGCGCUGGGGGAGGGAGGGGAGGGCAAGGGGACGAAGACGAGGACGGAAGGGAAGCGGUGUUACGGUGUAGUGGUUGUUUCUUGAUUUGGAGGUAGUAGCAAUGGGGCGAAUACGGUGAUGGAUGGAUUACAGGACGGACGGGACGAAGAAGAAGGCCUGAGAUGAUGUGAUUGUGGCGUCGGAGUGUGGAGUGGCCGAGAGGAGAGGGCGCAGUGUUGAGGAGGUUGUGGAGAUUGGAUCUUGGAGAUAGGCAGCAGAUAUGGCUGCGAAUGGAGGUGUCGACGUGCAGGUGCAGGAUGAGGCGCUGCGGACGUCGUACACGCCCAGCGAGAUGCGUCACCUCAAGACUCAAUUCGAGCUAUUCAACACUGGGAAAACAGGAAUUCUUACUGUAAAUGAGUUGGAAGCAGGGAUGAAAGUCUUGAAAACCCAUCAGUCAGCGACCUUAAAAGAGGUUCAAGAUAUACUUACCAAGUAUGACUCAAAGAAGCAAGGGGGACUUGACUUUGAAGAUUUUUUACGAAUGCAGAUGGAGUUGCCCAAGGGAGGACGAGGGUUCAGGCAGAGUCCAGCAAAGGGAGAUUCAUCCUUCUUAACAAGUACAGCUACCACGUUGGUUCAUACUAUCAGUGAUUCUGAGAAGAAGGCUUAUGUAGACCACAUUAACAUGUACCUAGAAAAGGACCCCGUUCUUCAGCGGGUUUUGCCCAUUGACCCAUCAACGAAUCAGUUGUUUGACAUCAUAAAAGAUGGCAUCCUUCUUUGUAAAUUGAUCAAUGUGGCUGUUGCCGGUACAAUCGAUGAGAGAGCGAUCAACAUGAAAGAGAAGUUGAAUCCGUGGGAGCGAAUAGAGAAUCACACCCUUUGUCUCAAUUCUGCUAAAGCUAUUGGUUGCUCUGUUGUCAACAUUGGCACUCAAGACUUGGGCGACGGAAGGCCACAUUUGGUGCUUGGCCUCAUUAGUCAGAUUGUGAAGAUACAACUACUGGCAACAGUGAAUCUGAAGCAAACUCCAGAGCUUGCUGAGUUGCUCGAUGAAACCGAGGAAUUUGAUGAGCUAUGGAGCAUGCCAGCUGAGAAAAUCCUGCUGCGGUGGAUGAAUUUUCAUUUGAAAAAAGCAGGCCAUAAGAAGACCGUGUCAAAUUUUACUACUGACGUAAAGGAUGCCACAGCCUACUGCCUCCUUUUAAAUCAACUGGCUCCAGAGUCCUGUUCGUUGGAUCCUCUGCAUAUUGAGGAUGUGUAUGAGCGAUCGAAGGCUGUUCUUGCACAAGCUGAGCGCAUCAAUUGUCGAAAGUACAUCACUCCGAAAGACUUGGUUGAGGGCUCAGCCAAUCUCAACCUUGCUUUUGUGGCACAUCUGUUCCACACGAAAAAUGGGUUAACUCAAGACACUUCUAAGUAUGAUUAUGCUGAACUGCUUCAAGAUGAUGAGUACAAAGAAGCUUCAAGAGAGGAGCGCAUGUAUAGGACGUGGAUCAACAGUCAAGGCACUGAGACUUUUGUCAGUUCUCUAUUUGAGGACGUUCGAGAUGGGUGGGUAUUGUUGGAGGCUUUGGACAAGGUCGCACCAGGUUCAGUUAAUUGGAAGAGCGCCACUAGACCACCAAUAAAGUGGCCCUUCAAAAAAGUAGAGAAUUGCAACCAAGUUGUUGACAUUGGCAAAAGGCUGAAGUUUUCACUUGUUAACAUCGCAGGAUUGGAUAUUGUUCAAGGCCAAAGAAAACUCAUUCUGGCGUAUCUUUGGCAGUUGAUGCGGUUCAGCAUGCUACAACUACUUAAGGAUCUGAAGCUACAUGGACGAGAGGUUUCUGAUGCAGAUAUAAUUCACUGGGCUAAUCUCAAGGUUAGAAAUGUUGGGAAAACUUCUCGAAUGGAGAACUUUAAGGAUAAAAGUUUGUCUACAGGAUUGUUCUUUCUCGAUCUUCUGGGUGCAGUAGAGCCGCGAGUAGUGAACUGGACUUUGGUGACCAGGGGAGUGACAGACGAAGAAAAGCGAGUUAAUGCUACUUACAUCAUCAGUAUCGCACGAAAGCUGGGAUGCUCGGUUUUCCUUUUGUGGGACGAUAUUGUUGAGGUUCGGCCCAAGAUGAUAUUGACACUAACGGCAAGCAUCAUGCUAUGGAACUUGGCAAAUAAGGCUUCAAAGGAGUCUGAGACCAGUGCAUCCUUAGGAAAGUGGGCAGCUGCGGUCUCUAAGAUUGACGCCACCAACAAGUUCGGGAAUUCGUUGCGUACUUCUGUUUAGAUUGGGUAGAAAAUGGACAAAUUACUGAUAUUGGGGGAGUGUCUCAUGGGGUGCACACCAUUUGUAUUUAUUGAUUUUCGCCUGUAGAUUUUCUGGGCAUCUUUAGAAGUCCACCGACCAUUCCCCAUUUAACUCUGAUGAGUUGAACUUACGACGACUCUUCUUGUUGCCGAGUGCAUCCGCUCUCAAGAUGCACUGAAGCCUACUCCGCUUUAUGUUAUACAGCGGGGCUCCGGGAAGUCUCUUAAUGAGAAUUCAUGUAACUCUACUUUAUCAUGAAAAUGGCAUGAGUCUGCACAGAAGUAUCUGUCUGCCAGUACCUCAGCAAGAUGAAGUUGCAUCGCAACAAUUGACUCA